UAUUAAAGAUGGCAUCGAGAGGCAAAACCGAGACGGGUAAAUUGAGGCAGAAUCUGGAAGAACAGUUAGAUCGGCUGAUGCAGCAACUCCAGGAUCUGGAGGAAUGCAGGGAAGAGUUGGACGCCGAUGAGUACGAAGAGACCAAGAAGGAGACGCUCGAGCAGCUGAGCGAGUUUAACGAUUCUCUGAAGAAGAUCAUGUCUGGAGACAUGACUCUGGUGGAUGAGCUGAGCGGGAUGCAGCUGGCGAUCCAAGCCGCGAUCAGCCAAGCCUUCAAAACCCCUGAAGUUAUCAGGAUGUUUGCGAAGAAACAACCCGGGCAGCUGCGCACGCGCUUAGCAGAAAUGGAUCGAGAUCUAAUGGUAGGAAAGCUGGCCCGGGACCUCUACACGCAGCAGAAAGGCGAGAUCCUCACCGCCUUGCGGAAGCUGGGAGAGAAGUUGACUCCGGAAGAUGAAGCGUUCCUCUCGGAGAACGCAGGAGCCGCCCUCAGCCACUUUCAGAAGGUCUCAGAAGGACUGGGAUCAGGGGACAAAGUUCUGGCCCUCGCAAGUAUCGAAGUGGAGAAUACAAAGAAAUGAACUUCCAAGUGUCACUGACGUUGAGCACAAAGUUGGGUCCGAGUCGUGUUUUUCUAUAUUUGAAUCCGAUGUUACCGUAGAACAGAGUGUGUUUAGCGGCCCCCGGGGGUUAGUGAAUUCUCUCCGUCGCCCGUCCAGAGACUGACAUUGUAUAGAUUUCUUUUUUUUUCUUUUUUAUCUUUUUACAGGCCACAAAAGGUUCGUUGAGUCAUGUUCUUUCACUUGAUAUUAUGAAAUAUUUAAUAAUUGAUGUUUGUGACAUGUUGCUGUGAUAAGUAUUAUGCAGGAUGUUUUACUACUUUCAAUAAACUGUUUUUUUCUUUAUUUUUUUU